AUGGCGCCUAGCAACCCUCCUCGACACUGGUGGUAUGAGCCUCAGGAUCCCGAAGAGACGACUGGUGAUACCGAUGCUGGAAACGGUGUCGAUGCUUCUCCGAGGGAGGAGUCUUUCUGGUCAAGGUGGCGCCAGGAAACUCCAGAGCAGCCCGACAGUGUUGCAGUUGAAGAGACAUACGUCGACCGGUAUAGGCCGGACCUGAGCCCAGCGGUAACCACCAGCAGCAUCUACUGGCCUCUCGAGGAAUCGAAUGAAGGUGCUGCCGCCACAGCCGGAGACGAUGGUUCGUCGGCUGGCUUGGGUCUUCGAGAAGACGCAAUCAGCAUAUCCAGCGACGGCAGUUCAUCCCAGGAGUCUACCCCGGAGCCCAUCACACCCGCAGCAGACGGACCCGUGCGACGUGACGUGGAAGCCUACUUCAUUUGCACCGAAUGCCUCCAUCCCCGAGAUGUGAUGUUCCGGGACCCGGACCAUGGCGACACCUGUGGGUAUUGUGUCGAUCAAUGCACUGGAGAGGACAUGAGCGUUGAGCAGAAAUGGUGUGCCGUGGGCUGUCACUCAACCUUGAGGACGCAUUUCCUGUACGGUUGUGAGGAAGCGGAAGAUGCCUGUAUCCAGCACGGCCCGGAAGAAGACGUCCAAGCUGGCACGCUGCAUAUAUCCGAGGGCUGGCUGGCCCACGCUGAAGACCGCAGGAGGAAUGGCCGCAACGCCAGCGUUAUUAUCCGCGGCCUGACCAGGUUUUACCUCAAGCAACAUGUGGUGACCGCCGAAGCUCGAUGGAACGAAUCCCUGUUGUCGGAUGAAGACAUUCCGCACCGGACUAUCGAUUACGAAAGCGACUGCUGCAACUCGAGACUUCUAGUUGGCACAUCGAAGCGGAAGCUGAUCGACACCGCCUUCUCGGAGCAGCAAGGUGGUACUACCAAGCGCCGGACGGUCUCACAACAGCCGGAGACCACAGUUUGUACUGGCAAGGUCGACCAGGAGGAAGCUGCCAACCUUGAUAUCCCCGUGGAAGAAGACGACGACGACAUUGAAGGAGGAGUUGGUCUCGGAGUCUCCAAGGACGAAGGCGAUGAGAAGGAGUCCUUUGCUGGAGAAGAGUCUGGCGACGAAGAAUGCAUCAUUGUUUCUGCACGAUCCACCGGACAAGCCGAUGGAAGCACCGGUUUCUCGAACGGCGAGGGUGCUCCGAUCGCCUCACCAGCGCCCGAGAAGGACAGUGAUCAAGAGUCCUCAGUGGGAGGAGAUGAAGAGUCUGACCACGAAGAUGGUUUCGGCGGCAAUUUCGAAUACGACGACUCCUAUUUCCAGUUCGCAGACGAAGAGCCGGGCGAGCCUCCUCAAACAGAGACAGAAGAGGACAAGCAGAAGAAGAAGGACCAAUACCUGGCUGAGAUGAUUGCAUUGGCAGACAAACAAGAACACACAGUUGCAAUGCUGAGGAGAUUGUUCACGCAGAGGAAGGAGAGCGGCUCGUCUCCGUUUGCUGCACCUCUCCUCGAAAUCCUGGAAUUGGCUGUGAGUAGAACGGUUCCACAGCAAGCCGUCACCGACGGCGAGGUAUGGCGUGAGUAUCCAUUGAGAACACGCUGUCCUUUGCCGCAGGAAUUUGAGAUUGAAGCGAUCUCGGCCGAAGAGGCUUUGGGUGUACAUCCACCGGACAAGAGCCUUCCUGAUUCCCUGUCAGAUGGCUGGGCCACCGACAACUUGCUGGAAGUGUUCGCAGCCGCGUCCAAUCAAGUCUUCGAGGAAGAAGGGCUCAAAUCGUACAUUGCGCCCAUCUUAGAGACGCAGUAUUUCGUGCCAAGGGUCGACUUUGAGGAAAUCAACAUUGUCGAAAACCUCAAGCAGUAUCUCAAAGCUACUGAGAAUGCAUGGGCUGCACCCAACCGCCAAGAGUACCUCAACUUCUUCCCGGCGGCCAACAUGCCAGUCGCGACUGAGCAGCUCAUGUUCUUGUACAACGUUGCGGGCAACCACUGGGUGACGGUGCACAUGCACGUGAACGAAGAGCGAACGGACGGCAAGAUUGAAGUACUCGACCCACGCUGGAACCGGUCUCGCGGUAAACGAGCAUUCAAUGAAAUGUCGGCUGAGGUGAAGGUCCUCGCACAACUCGUCUCCCGCCGCGAUCAUCUACAUUGGCAGAAUGUCGUAUGGCGAGAGCCGCAGCAGAUCAGGUGUUUGACCCAACACAACGACUCGGAUUGUGGUUUCUUUGCUUGGUACAUGGCGACGCUGCUGGCGAGAUCGAAGGAUGUCGCCGCGAUCCCGGAUGAGAAGAAGGAUGAUGAGGCGUUGUCGAUGCGGCUGCGGUACGAGGGGUUACAGCUGGUGUACCGGUCUGUCAUUGGCACGGAGCUGUCGUUUGAGCCUUUGCAACGGUAUUUGGACACCAGGACGAGGAGCUCGCAGCGGCCACCCAGCAAGAAAGGGCCGGCCAAGGGUACGGUUGUCAAUCAGAAGGUCAGCCAGAAGGGUAGUCAGAUGGACGGUGGUGGCGCGCCAACAGCAAGGCGUCGUAAAGGUCAGCUGGAGUCUGGGCUCGACGGUGGAACACCCAAUACGAGCGCGGCGAUGGUCCAGGACUCGUCCGCAGUGGACGCAGAAGAAUCAACAACAGACGUGGCGACCAUCUGGAAGAUCGACAUGCGACAGUUGCUCUGCAAUGUUAUGCUCACAGAGCCGGCGCACCAAUGGACGCUGGACGAGCUAACGGAGCACGUUUCGGACAAGUGCGAACGUCUUGCUGAAGAACAUGACAGCGAGCUCGACUUCGGUGAGCCGGAAAUUCGCAUGAGGAUUCGAAACGUACUUGACAUUUCGGAAGCGACUUUUCAACCUCUGCGGUCAACCGACGACACCGUUUCGUCGUUCUUGCUCCGUCAAGGCCCUGGGAGACUGGUUGACUCGGAGACUCAGAUGAGUCUUCUUGCGCCACCGCGAACCAGGGAACCCAUCUUUGACAGGCUGUUCGACCAUAACCCUGGCCUGUGCAUCUCAAUUGUACGCAACAGCGCUCCUGCCUGGGAAGCAGAAGACUUUCGGGAUAUGGAAGAUCGCGCUGAGGAACAGGUGGACCUCUUCUGGGCCUUGUUUCAAUCCAAUCAUGGAGACCUGUUUGUGGAAAACGACGCGAAGCCCCAAAAGGUCACAGAAUGGUCCGAAAUGCUUCUUGAUGGCGAGCCUCAACCCGCCUGGGCCGACUACGUGUAUUGUGCGUCGAGUGCGGAGGUCUUGUUCUCCCUUGAUUUGAGGCAUGGUCGUCUCAGAGCCGAAACGGUUCGAAUCAAGACUUUGCUCCAAAAUGCGGACGUUUGGGCUUCGGAACAGGAAACCAGAUUCGAGGUGUGCUUGUUGCAAUCCAACGUAGACGGGAGCUCCACCAAUAACGACACCUGGAAAAUGCUCUGCGAUGAGUAUCGGAAUCUUGAUGUCCAUGUGGUUAUGGUCGCCGAGACGAAACGACAGUGGCAUCCAGAUAUGUUCGCACAGGACGCAGCAAUCAAUGUAGGAUGGGCCACGUUCGAUGCGAGGGCUUUGGCAACACUCUGGAGUGAGCCGGCCUGUUAUCCGAUGCAGGACGAGAUGCACAUACGCUUCCUGAUGGCUUGCAUGUUCGCAAGCUACUUCAAGCUGGACCAUGCCGUGAUGUCAAAGGCGAACGCACAGCUCCAGAAUGCGAUCGCGGCGUGUAGGCUCACGGGACCGGGAAGAAAGACCUUCGAUCUUUCGCUUGACGAAGCUCGCAAGUGUAUGGUAUGCCUCGGAGAAGGAAUUGAGCCCGAGGAGAUGGAGUCCCUUCUCAGGUGUAGCGCUCCGCAGCGAGAGAGCAAUGAGCUGUUGUUUCGCUGCUCCUUUCACGCCCACAUUGGGGCGUUUCCCCUUCUGGGUAACUCGGCUCAGACUACCGAUGACUCCGUCCUUCUCCCCCCCGGCGGGUCUUUGACGGAUCGAUCGCCAAUCCUGGUCUCGCCUUGGCUUUUCUCGCAGGCUCCUACACCUGGACGAUUAUUUCGAUGCUGCUACUGUGGUUUCCAAUCGGACACCGCAAGACAGCACAAAGUGCAUUUGAAGAGAGAGCACAACAACAUCGUUGGGUGCCCUCACUGCCCGGAGACACGACCGACCCGCCAUGGCAUUGUGAAUCAUACCAGGACCGCGCAUCCCGGACUCCCGACUGAUGUCUGCUUCAUCUGCGGCGUAGUGUAUAAGACAGCUGUUCACCACUUCCGCCAGAAUCACCCUCUCAGGUUAUGUCCUGUGGAUGAAUGCCUAUUUUCGAGUAUGGAUCCAGACGAGCUGGCAGCGCACGGAGUACAAAGACAUGGCAUCCAAGCCAUGCAGGAUGCCAAAGAUGGCAGAGGCUGCCUGCAUACGACCACAAAAUCUGCACUGGGACGAGAAGAGGACAUUCUGCAGUGUCCCUACUGUCCUCUGACUGCUGAUGGCGCGCACGUAAUGAACGCUCACGUCAACAGGGAUCAUCCCGACCGCGAGCAGGCCAUCUGCUUUUUCUGCGGAGAGAUUUGCAAAGACAUCUUGAACCGACAAUAUCAUGUGAGACGAAAGCAUCCUUACUCCAAUUGCACUGAACGCGAUUGUAAGUUCAAGACUCGCACGCCACAACAAAUGGUACUGCAUCGGGAGGACAAGCAUGGAGAUGCAUGA